AUGCACUUCACCGCCGCGUCCACUCUCCUCCUCGCCGGCGCCGCCCUGGCCGCCCCCAGCCGCACGGCGCGAGCCAUUGACAUUGACGCCGUGAUCCCGGCCGUCGUGCCCGUCAACACGCGCGGCGGCAACGCCGAGCUCAUCACCAAGCUCGUGACGGCGCCGACGACGCUCGACCGGGCCAAGCUGCUCGACCAGGCGGGCGACUGGGUGUUUGACUUUAAAGACGUCAACGCCGCGGGCCGCUCCGAGGCCAAGGGCCAGGGCGGGCUCUCGAUGGCGGCGACGGCCAAGACGUUUCCGGCCCUCAUCGGCCACGGCGCGUCCAUGACGGUCGGCUUCCUCGGCCCGUGCGGCAUGAACACGGCGCACGUGCACCCGCGCGCCACGGAGCUCAACAUCAUCGUGCAGGGCCGGCUCGUCACCAACUUUGUGCUGGAAAACGGCGCCACGCCCGUCGCCAACACGAUGAAGACGUUUCAGAUGACCGUCUUCCCGCAGGGCGCCAUCCACCAAGAGUUCAACCCGGACUGCACCGACGCCGUCUUCGUCGCCGCCUUUCCCCACACGGACGCCGGGACGAGCCAGAUUGCGCAGAACUUCUUGAGCUUGCGGCCCGAUGUCGUCGGCGCCACCCUGGGCGGCGUGCAGACGCUCAACGGCAAGGACAUUGAGACGUUUCGCCACGCCAUCCCGGAUAAUAUCGCCCUGGGCAUCGACGCGUGCCUCAACAAGUGCGGCAUUCAGCGUAACGCUAAGCGUGACCUGAGUGAGCUUUUCGACUGA